ACCCCAGCGGCCGCCAUGUCGGACAGCGACCCUGCAGGGGGCCCAGCAUUGGCUGACCCUGGGCCCGGUGCCAGUACAGGGCACCGAGUCUAUUUCCAGAGUUCCCCUGAGACCAUAGGUGAAAGCCCUGGCUCGGACAGCAAACCGGAUGAAGAUGAGCCAGUGAGACGGCCAGGGAAGACCGUCGUGAAGUAUAACCGCAAGGAGCUAAGGAAGCGCCUCAAACUGGAUGAGUGGAUCUUAGAACAGCUCACGGGUCUCUACGACUGCAAGGAAGAGGAAAUCCCAGAGCUCGAGAUAGAUGUGGAUGAACUCUUGGACAUGGAAAGCGACGAUAGCCGGGCUGCUAGAGUCAAAGAGCUGUUAGUUGACUGUUACAAACCCACCGAGACCUUUAUUAAUGACCUGCUAGACAAGAUCCGGGGCAUGCAGAAGCUGACCAUACCCCUGAAGAACUAAAACUAUUGACUCAGGUGACCGUGGUUCCACAGGACAAUCGCUGUCCCCCAACAUCAUUGCUACAUCAAUACUGGGGGACUCUGUAUCCAGGCCUGGUACCGUGAACAGGGAUCCUCUUGUCUUUUCCCUUGUCUUGGCCCUGGGACCACUUGUCUUUUCCUCAGUUUUCCGUUUUGGGGUUUUUGAAUUGUGUAUUAAACUUAUGGGACUUAAAAAACGAAGAACCACACUAGGACCAUAAGUAGAGAAUCGUAACUUUGGUAAUUAACAUACUCUUCUCCUCAUCUCUGUGAGUCACAUCACCCGGAAACUGUUGAGUUUGAAAUCAGCAGCAGUGUGCAGUCCUUUUUCUAAAUGAAGCCUCCUCCAAUUUCUCUAGAGAUUAAGGAGUAAUACAUUUUAAAAGUAUAACUGUCAACAAGUGAAUCAUACCCAUAAAAAUGGUAAUUUCAUUGGUUUUGGUGGUCCACCGAUUCAGUAGAUUUGUAAAAUGAUAGUCUGGGACUCGAUGGUAGAAAAUGCUGAAGGACAGGUUAUGCCCUUGUCUCCGGGGAGCAAAGCCCAGUGCCGUGUGACCAGGGGAGAAAGUACACACACACACACACACACACACACACACACACACACACACACGGAAGAGGGAGGACCAAGGGAGGACAUAGAAUGUAGGACUUAGAGCUGCUGUCACCAUUUCUUCUUCCUGAAGGAGGAGUUCAAGUCAUUCCCCUGCCUACCUCAGAGGAUGGAGAAUCAGGACAUCCACCCAUCUAGGACCCGAAGCUAUUCCAAGGUACUUCCUCCUAAGCUUAACUUCAGUGCCUGGCUAGGACUCCCCAGCUUGGCACAUCAUUUCCUAAUCCAUAGCUGGGACCUGUGCUCAAAGCAGGAUAUCAUCCUAGGCUUGCUGGGGUUAGCAAUAUAUGAACGUUUCAGUUUCUCCGGAGUCCAAACAACAUCCUGCAGCUUUUAAAGCUUUGAAGCUGAUUUUCCUCUUGCUGUGGAGACAAAGGAAUUGGCAUCCUACAUCUUUGAGUUUCAGUUCUGUUCCCGUUACUCACCAGCUCUGCAAGUCCAGAGCAAUCCCCGAACUGUUUCAAGCGUCUGUUUUGCUCCUGUUAAAUGACAACAAUAAAAUCCCUCCUCAUAUGGUGAGAAGUUACCUCCCAUACACCAA